GAUAACAUAACCUAUAAAAUAUUAGGUAUGAACUGAAUCCUUAUGUUUUGUUGUUAAGUGUAUAAAAAUUUGUAAAAAACGUAAUAAUGGGUGACGGAGAAGAAACCGAAGUUCGUGAAGAAUAUGCGUAUUUAGACCGUGGUGGCUUUUCGUCGGAGAAAUUUAAAAUUGAGCUACGGGGACUGCCAAAGUUUUACGGUAUAGCGGAGCUGAAAAAGCUAAUGAACCAGAAACUAUCGCUGAACACAAGCAAAAUAAAGCGGCCCAAGAACGGGAGCCAUUGGUUGUUUGCCUGCUUCCAGAAUGAUAAGGAUCGGAACAAAGCUAUUGAGGCAUUGAAUGGAUACUCCUGGAAAGGUAAAACACUUAUAGCAGAAAUAGCAAAACCGGCCCCAGAUCCACUGGUCAGAAAAAGAAAGCAAGAAGAAGAAGGAACUGGCCCUGAUAAGAAAAAGAAGGAGGAUGUCAGUCAGGAACAGAGGAUCAAAGAUGCUACCACUCCUUAUUGGAAUAUACCCUAUGAAGAGCAGUUGAAAUUAAAAGAGAAAGAAAUAAAGCACUUGCUUAUGAAAUUUGACAAUGAGAGAUGGAGGCUGGACAGAGACAACCGCGGGGCUCUCGAAGCAAGGCGCAAACUUUACAAUGGACUCAGCUUUGAACUGAGGCCCAUAGAGAGGUCACCUGUCACGGAAGGAUAUAGGAACAAAUGUGAGUUCACAGUGGGCAUAGACGAGGAGACCAGCCUGCCCACAGUUGGGUUUAGGCUGGGCAGCUACGCGACUGGCACUGUAGCUGUCGGCCCCAUACAGUCGCUCAUACACAUCUCGGAUAAAACUAAGAAUGCUGUUUCGAUCUUCCAAGAAUUCGUACGCAAAUCCGAGCUGCAACCAUUUUCGCCCGCAGAUUAUUCUGGCCACUGGCGUUACCUCACCGUUCGGCACUCUAUGUAUACGGGGGACUUAAUGCUGAUCGUAGCGUUGCAUCCACAGGAGUUGACGACCGAACAGAAGGAGAAGAUACAGAAAGAACUAGUGGAGCACUUCAGUUCGGAAGAGGCGGCGGCUUGCGGGAUCAAGUCGCUGUACAUUGACUACAUUACUAAAAGGCGAGUGGGGGAGGAGGCGAGUAGGCCGCUACACCUGUGGGGCGACACACACAUAGUGGACACCAUUUUGGGCAGACAGUUCAGGAUAUCACCGGAAGCCUUCUUCCAGAUAAACACAGCGGGUGCGGAAAUUCUAUACCAAAGUGCUAUAGAUAUGAGUCAAGUAAGCAGUGACUCCACUGUCGUCGACAUAUGCUGUGGCACCGGCACCAUCGGACUUUGCUUCGCGAAGCACUGCGGCCAAGUUUUAGGCGUGGAGCUUAUACCAGAGGCGGUGCGAGACGCACGCGCCAACGCCACGGCAAACGGCAUAGACAACGCGCAGUUCUACGCCGGACGUGCCGAAGAUACGCUGCCCUCUGUCCUGCAGCGCGCCGCCACUGAUGACGUCAUCGCUAUCGUCGACCCACCUAGAGCUGGCUUACACAUGCGAGCAGUGACCCAGCUACGCAACACGAAGUCCGUGAAGCGGCUCGUGUACAUAUCGUGCAGCCCCGCGUCGGCCGUGAAGAACUUCGCGGACCUGUCGCGGCCCUCGUCCAAGACGCUCCGCGGAGCCCCGUUCCUGCCCGUGCGGGCGGUCCCUGUGGACAUGUUCCCGCACACCAGACAUGUCGAGCUCGCUGUCUUGUUCGAGAGGGAACAGAUUCCUGAAGACCAACAAGAAAAAAUGGAAACAAAUGAAGAAGAAUCUGCAGCUCACGAAGGGACCCAACAAAAGGAAGCUGACGAAAAAGAAGGAACUGAUAAAAAAGAGGAAACUGAUAAAAAAGAGGAAGCUGACGAAAAAGAGGGAACUGAUAAAAAAGAGGCAACUGAUACAGGAAUUGAAGACGAGGAAAAAGUAGACAUAAAAAUAGCAACUAGUGAAGAGGCGACAUAAAUAAGGAAAAUAAUUAGACGGAAAUGCGGAGUUGAAUACAUAAAUCACUUUUCAGUACAGAUAGUGGUUUUUUUACGCACUAGUAAACAAAAGCAAAAAAGCAAACAAGCAAGAGUAAACAGGUAUCUCAUAGGUAAGCGUGCUCCACCGUAGACCGCAUCA